CUGGAGGGGGCUGCUCCGCGCCGGGGCCGUUGGCUCCAGACAAAUAAACAUGGAGUCCAUCUUCCACGAGAAACAAGAAGGCUCACUUUGUGCUCAGCAUUGCCUGAAUAAUCUAUUGCAAGGGGAGUAUUUUAGCCCUGUGGAGUUAUCCUCGAUUGCACACCAGCUGGAUGAAGAAGAGAGGAUGAGGAUGGCAGAGGGAGGCGUUACCAGUGAGGACUAUCGCACAUUUUUACAGCAGCCUUCUGGAAAUAUGGAUGACAGCGGCUUUUUCUCUAUUCAAGUUAUAAGCAAUGCCUUGAAAGUUUGGGGUUUAGAACUAAUCCUAUUCAACAGUCCAGAGUACCAGAGGCUCAGAAUUGAUCCUAUAAAUGAAAGAUCCUUUAUAUGCAAUUAUAAAGAACAUUGGUUUACAGUUAGAAAAUUAGGAAAACAGUGGUUUAACUUGAAUUCUCUGCUGACGGGUCCAGAAUUAAUAUCAGAUACAUACCUCGCACUAUUCUUGGCUCAGUUACAGCAAGAAGGUUAUUCUAUAUUUGUUGUUAAGGGUGAUCUGCCAGACUGCGAAGCUGACCAGCUUUUGCAGAUGAUCAAGGUCCAGCAGAUGCAUCGACCAAAACUUAUUGGAGAAGAAUUAGCACAGCUCAAAGAACAGAGUGUUCUCAAAGCAGAUCUGGAGCGAGUCCUAGAGGCGGCUGACGGGUCGGGAAUGUUGGAUGAAGAUGAGGAUGAUUUACAGAGGGCUCUAGCGAUAAGUCGUCAGGAAGUUGAUAUGGAGGAUGAAGAAGCUGAUCUCCGCAGGGCUAUUCAGCUUAGUAUGCAAGGUAGUUCCAGAAGUAUGUCUCAAGAUAGUCCGCAGACACCAAGUACCACUCUUACUUCAGAAGAGCUGCGGAAGAGGAGAGAAGCCUACUUUGAAAAGCAACAGCAGCAGCAGCAGCAGGAGGUAGACCGACCUAGACAGCUUUCAUACCCUUGUGAAAGACCGACCACAAGUUCAGGAGGACGUGGGAACAGCCAAGCAGGUGAUGGUGUGAGUGAAGAAGACAUUCUUCGGGCAGCUGUAACCAUGUCUUUAGAAACUGCUAAAGAUAAUUUGAAAGCAGAAAGAAAAAAAUAAUACCUUUAAAAAUCAUUUUGCUCCUCAUCCUUCCUAACAUUGUCUGUGUGAUUACAGUGUAAGGUCCACUUUGGCAGUGUGUUCACUGGAAGAGAUAAGACACUUCGGUGGUUUAUAAGCAAAGGAUAAGAAAGCCAGAAACAUGUCAUAGCACGAAGUAAUGACCUGGAUACUAGCCAAAGAGUCAGUCAGCAACUAAAGAAACUUAAGAUAGUUUUCUAAAUGUCCCUUUUUGUUUUUCAAGUGUGCAAUAUCUAACUGAAAUUAGUGAGUUUUCUUGGCUCUGUGUGGACCGAAUAACUAGCUCUUGCCAUUGAACUUGAUCUUGUAUUUUUGUUUUCAUUUUAAAAAAUUUUUGUCUUGGCUCACUUGAACUUCUGUUUCAUGUAAUCUCUGGUUGUGGUUACUCUCCCACAACUCUAACAUGGUAAUCUGUUCUGAGGUUUGACUUUUUAAGCCCUCUCUAGUGGGAUCAUUGUUUAACUUUGGUGCAUUCCUAUACUCUGAAGUCAGAGCUCUGCUCGAGUAUUUGACUCUAAAUGAGCUGGAUUUUGUGUGAGCAUGUAUUUUCUGGAUGCUUUGUGAAGGUUUUCAGUUAUGUCCUGGCUGACAUCUAUAAUCCUUCCUGCACCUUAUUUCCUUUCUUUACCAGUAGAGGAAGGAAGAAGCAAACACAUUCCCUUCUUACUUAACAUGCGGCCAUCAUGAAUGUACUGCAGGAGAAACUUGGCCUUCAGUGUUGGUGUUGGGUUUGUUUUAGUUUUUUUCUAUUGUUAUAGGAGCUUUGUGUUCUAGUUAUGAUAAGUCCUGGAAUAUAGAUGCCUGCUGCUGCUGCUGCUUUUUUUUUUUUUUUUUUU